AAUAAUUUCUCACGCAAAAUAAAAGAAAAAAGAGAAUGUCUCGAAAGAGAAAUCAGAGCGACGAAGAAGAAGACGACACUUUCUUCCACCGCUACUCCUCCGCCGCGGCGCCGCCAUCCGCCGCCGCAUCCAAAUCCUCACGCGGCGGCGGAAACAGCGGAGGCCUAGCUCCGUCCAAAUCGACGGUCUACGUGAGCAACAUCGACUACAACCUCACGAAUUCCGAUCUCCACACGAUCUUCUCCACCUUCGGCAAGCUCGCCAAGGUCACGGUGCUCAAGGACCGCGCCACGCGCCAGAGCAGGGGCGUGGCGUUCGUCCUCUUUGUCCGCCGCGAGGACGCGGCGCGCGCGGCUAAGGAGAUGGACGGGAAGAUCCUCAACGGCCGAACCCUAGGCGCCUCGAUCGCCGCCGACAACGGCCGCGCCGCGGAGUUCAUUAAGAAGAAGGUGUACAGGGACAAGAGCAGGUGCUACGAGUGCGGCGAGGAGGGGCAUUUGUCGUAUGAGUGCCCUCGGAAUUUCCUAGGGCCGAGGGAGCGGCCGCCGCCGCCGAAGAAGGGGCGGCGGGCGGGCGGAGGUGGAGGGGAGGGGAGGGGGAGGGAUUUGGAAGGGGAUGAGGAAGUGGAGGAGGUGGAAGGUGAGCUGGAGAUGGAGAAUUGGGCGUCGGUGGUGGAUGGGGGAGGGGCGGCGGAGGAGAGGCGGAUGGAGGCGGCGGAUAGGAAGGGAGGAGGGAGGGAGGAGAGGAGAGAGAAGAAGAAGGGUUACUUUAGUGAUGAGAGUGAUGAUGAGGAUUGAGAUUUGGGGAAAUUUCUCUGCUGAUUUUGGGAUUUGGAGGGAUUUUCAGCUCUUCAAGGCUUGAUUUUUUUUCUUCUUGAAACACAUGAUAUGAAUGUAUGAUGUUUAUUAGAAUUCAUAAUUUUCAUAGAACUAAUUCAUAAUUUUCAUAGAACUAAUUCAUAAUUUUCAGAUUGAUUCAAUCUUGCGCAA